CGUCUGCGCCUGCUCUCGCUGAUAGCACGCGUCGCUUUUUUUUCGCGCUGUUUUUGCCGCAGCGGCUGGAAGUUAGGAGUUUUGUUUUUGAGUACCGUAGCAGAAGUCUUCAUGAUGUCGUUGUUCCCGAUUGUAUUAUCGUCACGGGUAGUUCUGCAGACUGCUAUGCUAGUAAUGAUGAAUACUAGAUACCUCGAGCCUGAACCGACUGCAUUCACCCCCGCUCCUCCACUGUCAAGCACGGAGACCAUCCAGGGAGACUCCACACGUUGUUACGGCAUAUAUGGUUGCUUCAGUACAGAUAGCCCAUGGACAUCUGAGACCCGACCAAUCAGCUUGCCUCCAGAAUCUCCAGAGAAAAUAAAUCCCUAUUUUUGCUUAUACACACGAAGGAAUCGACAUGAGUGCCAACGUUUGGAACUAAUGAGAUGGAAUGCUUCCUAUUUAAACCCCAGGCAAAAUGUAGUGCUUAUCAGUCAUGGAUAUUUGGAAAAUGGACAGAAACCGUGGCUUAUGAAUAUGACCAGGGCCCUUCUUGACCAUUCUGAUAUGAAUGUUAUUGUUAUUGGAUGGGGUGGAGGCUCUAAACCACCAUACUCCCAAGCAGUUGCAAAUAUUAGAGUUGUGGGUGCAAUGGCUGGUCAUCUUGUUGCACAUAUGGUGAAUAAUGUUGGAGUUGAUGUGAAAAAGUGCCAUGUCAUUGGGCACAGUUUAGGUUCUCAUGUAGCGUCAUACAUUGGACAUACUCUACAAACAAAAUUUAGAAUGAAGCUUGGUCGCAUAACAGGACUGGAUCCUGCAGAACCACAUUUUACAAAAACUGACCCCAUUGUGCGCCUGGACCCAUCUGAUGCUGAUUAUGUAGAUGUUGUACAUACUGAUGCAGCACCAUUCAUGAGUGGCGGCCUUGGACUGAAAGAACCUGUUGGUCACGUGGACUUUUACCCAAAUGGAGGCAUUCGUCAGCCUGGCUGUACUGAUGGAGUCUUCGGGCAUAUAGGAAGACAGAAAGGAAGUUUGUCCAAAGGUCUGCGCAGUUUUGUCAGCUGCAACCACCUUAGAAGCUAUGAAUAUUAUAUGGAAUCAAUAAAUACAAAAUAUCCUUUCAUGGCUAUAGAAUGCAAGUCUUGGGAAGAUUUUCUUAAUGGUUCUUGCUUUUCUUGUGGAAAGCAUUACGAUAUAAAAAAUGGUUAUAAGAAUGGAGAAUCCUACUGUACAAGAUUUGGGUACAAUUCACAACCACAUAUGGUGACAAAUUCAAAAAACAGAAUUCUACAAAGGAGAAGUGUUAAAACAUACCUAAUUACAGGAUCUGAAACACCAUUUUGUCGUGAACAUUUUAGAGUAUUAAUAAACGUUUCAACUUCACCUGCAAGUGUGAAACAUGGGAGUGAAAUUGGACACUUCUGGAUUGUUCUAAAAAGAGGAGAAUCUAUUGAAAGAAUCCAAGUGAAUACAAGGGCUAUACUGUUUGAACCAGGUACACAACACAAGUUCAUAGUAUCAACAAAGUGUUCAGAAUCUCUUGAAGGAGUUAGUAUUGAAUGGGUGUAUGAAACAUCAUUUUUAAAUCCCCUUACAUGGAGAUUUGUCACACCCCCAAGAUUGUUCUUGCAGUCUGCUGUGGUUGAGAACCUGGAGCGGUCAAGCAGGCACACUUUAUGUCCACCUUAUGGUAGGGCAAUAUAUCCCAAAGAAGUAAUGGAAAUGAGGAGGAAUGUGGACUGUAAACAAGAGUGACUUCCAUAAACAAUUUAACUAAAUUAUUACUUGGCAGUUCCUAAUAUUCAGUACCAACAGGUACUGGAAAUGCUGUCAGUGAAUCUGUGAUAGUGUGUUGUUACACGAGGACAGUGUGAAACAUUGUUCUCUCUCUCUCAUAAUGUACCAAAGAAUUGAGUGUGAGUUAAUUUUUUGCAAGUGUUAAAUAUUUGCAAAAGGACUGAAAACAGAAUAUUUGAUCUGCUUAGCCGGAGUGGGUGUAAUUAGCAUAGACUAAGUGAAGAAACAUUGAGGUGUUCAAUUCUAAGUCUCUGCAGUCAUCUCUGCUGUUCCUGCCAUCAUGGAGGUUAUACUAACAAACAAGACAACUGUUAGAUUAACUCCUGGCACAUAGUGAAAAAGCAAACAUUUGACAUACAGUAUUAUUUUUAUAGUCAUAUUUUUAGAUGUAAUAUACUGUUGUUUCAAUGUGAGAGCAUUUGACAUGAUUUCACAUUUGUUUUUAUAGAUUUUUAUAUUAGUAAACAAGUUUUGAAAAAUGGAA